AUGUGCAGUGCAAAAAGUAAAUCAUUAAUAUUUAUUGGACUGCUUUUCAACUGCCUAGAAAUGAUCUUUUCAGCUAACACAGGUUUCUCCAUGUCUAUAUACGAUGUGACAUCACGAAGCAUUUAUCUCGGAUGGCCCAAGUUUUCAGGAGCGUCUUCUUACAGAGUCACAGCUGCAGCUGUGAAUACUGUAGGCCAUUCAUUACUGGCUCAUUUUAGUGAUGUGACACUUAAAGGCACUCUAACGUCAUUAAUUCCCAAUACUAUUUAUGCUAUACAAGCAGAAGCCAUUGACAAGAAUGGAAUUAUUCUUGCAGAAACACAGAUUAUGCAGUCAACAGCUCCAGACAUACCUGUUAUUGAUCGAGCUUAUUCAAAACUUAGCAACAGUAUCACAGUGGAAUGGAGAGCGGUACCUGGGGCUACCAGUUAUCUGCUGGCUGCACAAGAUGGAGAUUCCUUCAUUGAAACUGUAGUUAUAAAUUCUCCAGGCACAGUGAUGGGACUGAAACCUGCCACCUUGUACAGAAUCACUGUCAGAUCUAUAAAUUCAGGAGGAAAAAGCCAGCCUUCACCUUUCAGAAAAGCAAAAACAGUCCUGGCUGCUCCAGUUCUGUCUGUUAGUUCUCCAAGUUGUGACUCCAUUGCAGUAAGCUGGAAAGCUGUGCAUAUGGCAGCUGGAUUCUUUGUGUCCAUCAUGAGAUCAGAUGGUUUGGGCAGAAUGCUGAAGGAGAACACCACCAAUACCUCCUUGAUAUUUGCAAAUCUAGAUCCAGGAACUCUCUAUACUAUCAAGGCAUAUGCCUGGAAUGUCAAUGGGAUACCUGGAGAUGAUUUCACGUAUAACCAAAGAACAAGUCCUAAGGCACCAGCGGAUGUUCAAGUAGCUUUUAAUAGUGGUGCUUUAAGAGCUAUUGUUUCUUGGAUACCAACAGAAGGAGCUCUAGCUUACAGUGUGACAGCCUCCAGUGGACUCUUGAAACUGAAGUGUAACACAUCUUCUGCCUCCUGCAUGGUGCCAUCACUCCAGUGCGGCUCUGAAUAUUAUGUUUCUGUCACAGCAUACAAUGAUGCUGGAUCCAGUAAACCUACUGAUGCAGUAAGCUUAAAAACUAUUCCUUGUGCACCAGUAAAUAUAUCAAUUGAAGAGGAUGAACCUGGCCACUUGUUGGUAUCAUGGUCUAGCGUCAAUUUUGGUCAUUAUUACGUGGUUUUUGUGAAGAGUGAUGAUGGUUUGGAAGUGCACUGCAACACAUCAUAUACUCAAUGCCAUUUCCAGUCGGACUGUGGCUUCACUUAUUUCAUUAGUGUCUUUGCAUAUAACAAGGCAGGGCAGAGUCCUUUAGGUGAUGUAUUCAAUUACACUACUGCACCUUGUUGCCCCAGCGGCUUCAGGGCCGUGUUCGUGUCGAGCGAGACCGUGCGGGUCACCUGGGCUCCUGUCCGAGGUGCUGAAAUGUACGCAACGAGAGCUGCGGGCGGGGGCGGCGCGGUGCUCUGCAACGACACCGCCACGGCCUGCACCUUGUCGGCUCUGCGGUGCGACACCCAGUAUAACAUCACGGUUCAUUCUUUCAGCGAGGCCGGGGGCAGCGACACGUCGUGUGCAUCUCAGAACGUGGCAACAGCUCCCUGCAGUCCUGAAAUUAAAAAUAUCUCAAAGGAGGCUCUUUCUGUAAUCAGCGUGCACUGGCAAUCUAACAAUGAAGAAGCUACAUAUAUUGUCACUGCCAGAGGAAAGGCUGGACUUUGGCAUUGCACAAGCUCUGGAAAUUCCUGUACCCUAUUUAAUCUUCCCUGUGGAUCUGCUUUCUCUGUUAGUGCUAUAGCAAGAUCACCAGCAGGACAGAGCUUACCAAGCUAUAGUGUCCCUUUAGAGACAGCUCCUUGUUGCCCUAAUGACCUGAUACUAACUCCAGUGACACAGUCUGUAACAAAUAUCAGCUGGUCUGUUGGGAUGGGUGCACAAACAUACGUAACAACAUUGGAGUCUCCAAAAGGACAGGCAAAGUGUCACACUCUUCAAAACUACUGUCUCCUGGGAUGCAUCACAUGCGGCACCAACUAUACAGUAUCUCUGAAAGCAAUCAGUGAAACGGGUUUGACAUCCAGUUGCAUAUAUCAAGGAUAUUCUUCCAGCGCUUGCUGCCCUUCUAGGGUGAAGCUAUAUAGACUCGGCAAUAACAGCAUCCGGGUAUACUGGCGAGCUUCUGGUGAAACUAUAAACUACAAUACUGAUUUACAUGGCUCAAAAGGCAAUUUCACCUGUACCCCUAGCUCAGGUCUAAGUCACUGCGAUAUCACUGCGAUACCUUGUGGGGAUGUCUACACAGUGGUAGUAUCUCCAGUUACUGAUAAGGGGACGAAGCUUACAUUUUGUCCUAAAAAAAUAUAUUCAGUAACCUGUUCUGGAAGCUCUGUUGGAAUGGUGAUUUAUAGAGGAAAGAGCAAUGCAGAACAACAUAUCUAGAUGAAAAUUCUGGUUCACAUAAG